GCCACAGGCUGCUCUCCUCAUGCACCACCCACUUCUGUCAGUUGCCCUUAAGAGGGCCUGGACAACAUAGCUCUGGUUUCUAUCUGUGAACAGAAGCUGCAGCACUUCAGUGCUGUCUUCCUGCUCAUCCUCUGAUUGGGAAUGACCUCAGCUGCUCCAUCCCCUGAUCCAAGUUUGGAUAAUGAGUGGAAAGAAUGGAAGAAGAAAUUUGCAAAAACCUACAGUCUGGAUGAAGAAAGAUAUAGAAGACUAGUGUGGGAGGAGAGUAAGAAGAAAAUUGAGGCACACAAUGCAGACUAUGAGCAGGGCAAGACCAGCUUCUACAUGGGCCUGAAUCAAUUUAGUGACUUGACUCUAGAAGAAUUCAGUACAAAUUGCUGUGGAAGCUCAAUGUGUAGAGGAGAAAUGGCUCAUGAUUGGCCUGAACCUGAGGAUUUGGGAAAGAACAGCUACCUGACACCUGGGAGGGAUCAGGUAUGACAGAGUCACACCCCCACCCUCAACUGCCCACAGAAAGCUGAGAAGGAACUGAAGUGCUUUAGGUGUGAAACAACAUGCAGUUCACUGUUUGACUAAGUGUUCAGCUCUUUGGAGUGUGGGGAGAGUUUUUACUGUGUUAUGGCUGACAACCUUUUCUUCCUGAUUGAUGUACUGUAUUUUGGCAUUGAACAUGGUGAAUAUGAAGGCAAUAUGUUCCAGGGUGGGUGAUGUGACAAAGCCACUGUACUGUAGUCAUUCUAAUUAAUAUGAUGUGUGAUUUUAUUCCAGCCAGAGUAACAGUUGUGGCUUGACUGGUAACAAUAGCAUAGACUAGGGAUGAAGCAAGUACUCUGCCAUUGCCUUGGGAGUCUUCUGCCUCCUUGUGUGAGAGGAAUGACGCUGGAGAGGCUCAAAAGCAGGAAGCAGCCCAUCACAGUGUCCAGCAUGUACUGUGUGAUGUACAACACUGAAUUCAUGUAAGAUCAACACUGUGGUGUGAACUCUGAGGCACAUUCAUACUGAGAAAAUAUUGCCAAUUUUUAGCUCUGUAGCUACUUAAAUGAUUCUCACAAGGAUCUUUAAUUUUCACUUUAAUAAGAUGAAUAUAUGUCAUGAUAUCUUAAAAUUAAAGCUAGAUAUUAAAUGAGUAUUCUGCUUC